UAAGCUUUGCUUUCCUCUCUUCCUCUCUCUCAGUUUGUCACUUAUUCCUGUUUUCACUUUAUUUAUGCUCUUCCACUUGUUUGAAGGAGCAGGACAUCUGUGUUUUAGAAAAAAAAGAGUGACCUGAUGAAAAAGAGACAGGACAACAACCUAAGAAAAAAACCAAGGACUACAGAGGAGUGGAACAGAGACUAAGGGAAAAGCCAGACAUUUGUGUUUCCAGAGGAGAAAUACUGGGCUACAACUGCAAAAAUGAUCACAGCUUGUGUGUGGGCCCUAAUGCUUCUAUGGGCCUGUUCAGUGGUCCCCUAUAAUGAGAGUAAAGAUCCAGAUCCCCGUCAAGACCAAAUAGAUCCAAAGGACAACCAUCAAGAUGCCAGACACAGGGCAGUGAGACAGUGUCAACGAUGCUGUGACCCAGAAGAGGAGAUUCCCCAGCAGUACUCCAGCCAGCCCUACCCACCAUACAAAAUAGUACCAAUGAUCAACAUCACUGUACUCAAAGGUGAGAAAGGUGAGACUGGUGAACGAGGAGCUUAUGGAAAAUCAGGCAAAGCUGGUCAGGUGGGUCCUCCGGGUCCCACUGGCAUAAAGGGCAUCAAAGGCAGUAUGGGUGUCCCAGGUGAGGCCUGCAAGUCCUACUUUGCAGCCUUCUCUGUUGCCCGUAAGAAGGGUCUACACUCCAACGACUACUACCAGACACUGGUAUUUGACACAGUGUUGGUUAACCUCUACAGUCACUUCAACAUGUUUACUGGUAAAUUCUUUUGCUAUGUGCCUGGCAUCUACUAUUUCAGUCUGAAUGUACAUACAUGGAACCAGAAGGAAACAUACCUGCAUGUGAUGCACAAUGAGCGGGAAGUGGUGAUCCUCUAUACUCAGCCCAGUGACCGUUCCAUCAUGCAGAGCCAAAGCCUGAUGCUGGAACUUGAGACAGAUGACCAGGUUUGGGUCAGACUCUUUAAAGGUGAAAGGGAAAAUGCCAUCUUCAGUGAUGAAUUCGACAUUUACAUCACCUUUAAUGGACACCUGAUUAAACCCAAAAAUGAGUUGUAGGUAGAAAACUGGACAUGUGUAAGUUGGCACCUUGUGUGUAUAUAUGGACAAAAUGAUCUAAAUGCACUAUCAGUCCUGACAUAAAACAUGUUAUGUUGUCAGUGGUUUAGUACAGAAAAGAUAUUAUUGCUGCAACUGAGAGACAGAAUUUAAAAAAUAAUUUCAGGAAAUCACAU